AAUGUGCAGGCAGGAGAAUCCACAACCUACCGGAAAACAACGGCCGGACAGAUCACCGGCAAGCUGUUCUUUAUCAUCUUCUUCAUCCAACUUUUUCUCAUCACAGUCUUGAUCGUCUUCCUCACCAUCCGCAGCUUCGUCUCCCAUUCAAGUUCAAACCACUUAUCCCACCCUCUUCACUGGUAUCUCCCUCUCCUCACUUCCAUCGGAUGCUCCGCCAUUGCUGCAUUCUCAUGGCUGUUCUCUAUCCGCUGCAACCCAUCAAGAACCAUAAAGACCGCAUUUUGGCUCAGCCCUUCAUUGACAUGCGUUGCCGGACUCCUCCUUCUCGCCGUUGGCACCGCCUGUAGCCUAGCAGUCGCUGUAGCUGCAAUCAUCUUCGCCCUCAUCCAGUCCCUCUAUGCCUGUUGGUUCGUCCCCCGGAUUGAUUACACGAGCAAGAUCUCAUCGAUCUCCCAAGCCAUACCCACUUCAGGGACGACCAAGUUCAUCGCUUUAUCGAUCCUUGCCGGCGCCACUUACUCCUCUUUGGCCGUCUCUGGCCUUGGCGGUGCCACCGUUGGAACUGGGUCUCUCUCCCUCUCAGAUGCCCUCUUCGUCUUGGCCAUUCUGCUCAGCCUGGCAUGGACAAUGCAGGUAAUUAGGAACAUCUCUCAUGUCUCAAUCUCGCGUGUUGGGUACCUCUACUUUGUUCACGGGAUUGAAUCCAACACAUUUGGGGCUUACCAUGGCACGAUUAAACACUCCAUGGGCAAUGUAUGUUUGGGUUCAGCUAUUGUGCCUGUUCUUGGAAUCAUACGGGGCUCGGCGAGGGUAAUCAGUUCGGUUGCAGGAGACACGGAUGAGUUCCUCUGCUCUUGUGCGAAUUGCUACGUAGGUGUCGCUGCAAGGCUUGUGGCGUAUGGGAAUCGAUGGGGGUUCGUUCAUGUCGGCGUUUAUAAUAAAGGGUUCGUUCGGGCAUCGAUGGAUACCUGGGAGACGAUUGGACGAUCUGGGCUGGAAUCGGUGAUUGACUCGGACCUCACUGGGUCCUUCUGCUUCCUCUGUGGAGUUGCAGUGGGAGCAGCUUGUACGAUUGUGAGUGGGUCAUGGACACUCGCCAUGGAAAGAAGCUAUGCUACUGAAGUCUCGAUUUAUGCCUUCUUGAUUGGUUAUUUCAUGUGUCGGAUUGCGAUGGCAUGGCCUCAAGCAAGCGUGUCAGGAUACUAUGUGGCAUACUCGGAGAACCCACAGAGCCUUCGGUUCGACUCAACCAUCCCAGAUUGCAUCACACAGCUGCAGCGUUCUAGUUAUUAAAAUGUAUUUGGGAAGGGUUUAAGAUUGGGUCCUUG